AUGGAGGACGAAGCGUCGUCUGGAUAUGCGUGGGAAGGCGCGCUCGAGCGCAGCUGGGACGUCAUUGAAGAAGACGACGCGGGGAACCUCCGGAUCGAGCACGCCGUGACGAACCAGCAGCGUCAGCGGCGACUGGACAUUGCUCGGAAUGUGCGCAAGGGGUUGAUUCGGUAUACGUACGUGAUCAUGGACUUAUCGCGCGGGAUGGCCAUCAAGGACUGGAAACCCCAUCGCUUGGCGUGCACGCGUGACGCGUUGCAGCAAUUUGUAAAGGACUACUUUGACCAGAACCCGAUCUCGCAAUUGGGUGUCAUUGGGAUGAAAGGCAUGACGGCCGAGAAGCUGAGUGAGUUGUCUGGGAACCCCAAGACGCACAUGGAGCGCAUUGCGGCGGCAUUAGCCGUCGAGACGGAGCCGUCGCUGCAAAAUGCUCUGGAAUUGGCGAGGAGUUCGUUGAAGACCGUGCCGGCCUACGGCAGUCGAGAAGUGGUUGUCGUGUAUGGCAAUUUGGUGACUGCUGACCCGGGCGACAUUUUCCAGACGCUGGUGUCGCUAAAGCGCGAGAACGUUCGCGUGUCGUUUGUUGGUAUUGGCGCCGAGAUGCACUUGCUGCGUCGCAUUGCAGACGGCACGGACGGCACGUACCAUGUUGCAGUAGACGCGGAACAUAUGAAGAAGCUCAUGACAGCGUUUACGUUUCCAUCGCCGACGGUCGUGACGGCGGCUUCGCGCUUUGCCACGUUGGUGGAAAUGGGCUUCCCGCAGCGUCGUAGUGGCGCGCUGUCUCUCUGCACUUGCCAUCAGGCGUUUACCACUGUCGGGUACUUGUGUCCACGUUGCAAGUCCAAGAGCUGCGACCUGCCCACGACGUGCCAAGUGUGCAACUUGCCGCUCGUAUCGUCGCCGCACUUGGCACGAUCGUACCAUCACCUGUUUCCCGUCGCAAAGUUCACACAGCACUUGCUGCGGUCUGGCGUCAGUGGCGAGAAGGGCGCGAAAGUCACGCCGUCGUUGGUCCAGGAAAAGUGUUUUGGCUGUUUGCUGCCGCUAGGGCUCGAUGGUGAAGGCGCGGCGUACGAGUGUGCUACGUGCCAGCGCGUGUUCUGUAGCGAGUGCGAUUUGUACGUGCACGAUUCGCUGCACAAUUGUCCAGGCUGCAGCUGA